ACCGCCAAUUCAAAGAAAAAGAAGAAGAAAAAGAGAAAGAAGAGAGGAAACCAGGACACAAAAUGUCAACCCCACCAAUAGCUUCAGUCUCCGCUUCCCCACCGGCAAAGCGUCAAAAGCCGUCCAGCGGCCAACGUACGGGCCACCGGUCCGCCUACCGCUCGGAUCCAAUGCGCCAGGGACUCCCGCAGAAGAAACACUACCGGCAGCGCGCGCACGCUAACCCGUUCUCGGACCAUCAGUUGGUGUACCCUCCAUGCCCAGCGGACAUGGACUGGGGCAAGCACUUUUCCUCCUCACCCGCCACCCCCGAAGAGAGAAAGGUAGAAGUGGCGGACAUCGGCUGCGGCUUUGGCGGGCUAAUAAUAUCCCUGCCAAAAGUCCUCCCGGGAGUGCGCAUGCUGGGUAUGGAAAUAAGGACCCAAGUGACGGAAUACGUGGACGAGAGGAUCCGCGCACUGCGACACCUAGAGGGCGGGGAAGCGUACGGGGACGUUGGCGUGAUAAGGGCGAACGCUAUGAAGUUCCUGCCGAAUUUUUUCGAGAGGUCUCAAUUGCGGAAGGUGUUCUUGUGCUUUCCAGAUCCGCAUUUCAAAGCUAGGAAGCACAAAGCUAGGAUUGUAUCGUAUGUACUCUUUUCCCUGCUCCCGCGGUCGAGGGGUUGUGUGAUUGAUAUGUGCUAGGCCUACGUUGGCGAGCGAGUAUGCCUACGUACUUGCGCCCGCUGGCGUCUUGUAUACCAUCACUGACGUGGAGGAUUUGCACCUCUGGAUGGCGAAGCAUCUUGAUGAGCAUCCGUUGUUUGAGAGGUUGACUGGGGAGGAGAUUGAAAGCGAUAUGUGCGUUGCCGUGAUGAGGAAUGACACUGAGGAGGGGAAGAAGGUUGAGAGGAAUGGGGGGAGGAAAUUUGUGGCGUGUUGGAAGAGGCGGGUGGAUCCGGAGUGGGUGGAGUAGGCGGUUCCCGCAGAUUUUUAUAUAUUAUAGAGGGGGUAGAAGUGUCGACGGCGCGGGGCACAGUACGAUGGAUGGAUGGAUCAGUGGUGCACUAUGAUUGUGCGAGGCUGCGCCUGAAUAUAUAACAUCGUGCAUAUCCCCUCGG